AUGGGGAUGAGCAUGGGGAUGAGCAUGGAUGAGCAUGGGGAUGAGCAUGGGGAUGAGCAUGGGGAUGAGCAUGGGGAUGAGCAUGGGGAUGAGCAUGGGGAUGAGCAUGGGGAUGAGCAUGGGGAUGAGCAUGGGGAUGAGCAUGGGGAUGAGCAUGGGGAUGAGCAUGGGAUGAGCAUGGGGAUGAGCAUGGGGAUGAGCAUGGGGAUUGAGCAUGGGGAUGAGCAUGGGGAUGAGCAUGGGGAUGAGCAUGGGAUGAGCAUGGGGGAUGAGCAUGGGGAUGAGCAUGGGCAUGGGGAUGAGCAUGGGGAUGAGCAUGGGGAUGAGCAUGGGGAUGAGCAUGGGGAUGAGCAUGGGGAUGAGCAUGGGGAUGAGCAUGGGGAUGAGCAUGGGGAUGAGGAUUCGGGGGAUGGCGACGGGGCAGUACUCAUUGGCGAGGUGGUGGAUAGUCCCACGGAACCCGCGCCGUACCUUGGCGUCGCAUUCGGAGCAACAGCACCACUCGCCAACUGCAGCCCCGGCCCUGGCUCCAGCCCUUGCUUCGUCCCCGGUGCAAGCUUGGGCAUGGACACGGGGAGCGGCGGCGGAGUGUCGGGGUGCGGCGUGCGCGCGCAGCAGAGCAUGAUGACGUCUCCCGCGCAGCACUCCGCGCUGCAGCCGCCGCCCGUCGCGUUAUACGCUGGGGGACAGUGGCCGCAGCAGGGGCAGGGGCACGGGGGGCAGGGGGGGCAGCAGUGGCAGCAACAGGCGGAGCAGCAAAGCCAGGGGCAGGGGCAGGGGCAGGGGCAGGGGCACGCAUGGUGCUGUGGGUGGCAGGAGCAGCAAGCAGCAGCGCGGCAAGUCCCCCCGCGUGUGCUCCAUCGCUGCCAAUCCGUGCCCGUGGAGACUCCCCAUCGCCCCCGCCGCUCGCCCCCACCCCCGCACGCCCCAGUCCGCCCGGCCACCUCCCCCAAACCCGCCGUGCGCGCCCCGCACCGCCGCCCUCCGCCAGUGCUGCUCCCCUCCGCGCCCCCCGCCGACGACAUCUCUCUUGCUGCGCCUGUCACUUCCCCCCUUGCUGCGCCCGUUGCCUCCCCCCUUGCGCCCGCCUCCGCGCCCCUCACGGGGCAACGGAACUCGGCACUGCGCCCCGAAUCCGCGGAGAGGGCAGCGCGGCGCAGACCAGCGUCCGCGCGAGUGAGGGGCCAGGCGGGAACAGAGGCAAGUAGCAGGGAUGAGAGCAGUGGCGUUGGCGCAAGCAGCGCUCUUGAGACCGCUGCUCCUGGUGCUGCUGCUGCUUCUGCUGUUGCCACGCCAAGGGCUCUGCCUUCCUCCCCAGUGCCACUGGCCGAAAGAGCAGCAGCAGUAGCAGCAGCAGCAGCAGGUGGUGGUGGUGGGGGCACAUCCAGCAGAGGGAAUCCAAGCCGUGCUGCGCAGUCAUCUAGGGCUCACCAUGACUCUUCCCUCUCGUCGUCCCUCCCACACGCCCCGUGCCAGUCUUCUGCAGUUACCACAUCUGUUGCUCUAUCCACUCGUCCUUCAUCCGCUGCUCCCACCACUGGUAGUAGCAGCACUGGCAGUGGCAGCGGCAGUGGCACUGGCAGUGUCAGGGGCACGAAUCGCCGGAGAAACGACAGCAUUGGCAGCAGCGGGAGCAGCAGCAGCAGCAGCAGCAGGGCAGGUUCACUGCACGUGGACAUGCUUGCAUCGCCGGUUGUUCCCAGCCCUCGCAUGCCACAAGCGUGCUUCCCUCGCUCCGUUUCCGCCUCUGCUGGUGAACCCUCUCCCUCUGCUGCCACUGCUUGUAACCCUGCUAACCCUGCUGGCGGUGCUGGCAGCAACAUGCAUUCCCCUGUCAAUUAUGCCGCAUCAGCUGUGGCAGGAGGAGCAGGGAGGACCCACUAUCGUCCCAUGUACCCACGCUCCUCCUCCACCCCCACUACUGCUCCCGCCACCCAUACCACCCGCAGCCGAAUCACCGUUAAGCUCAUGGCCAUGCCCAUGGAGCAUGUGGAGUAUGUGCACGCCACUCACUCUCCUGCUGCUGCUUCUGCUGCUGCUGUUGGUGGCGGUACCGCUGCUGGUGGUGGUUGUAGGGGUUCUGGGAGCAGUGUUACCAGUGUGGGGGCUGCAUCUUUGUCCCCCCAGAAGCAGCGACCGGAAGGGGCAGGUGCAGGAAGUAGCAGUGCAGGCAGCAGUGCAGGGAGUAAGGGAUGGGCGCAGAGGAGAGGAGAUGCGCUCAUGGCCCAUAGUCUCAAGCAACAGGGUGCAGCAGAGCAGGAUCACUGGCAGCAGCAGCAGCAGCAGCAGCAGCAGCAGCAGCAACAGCAACAGCAAGGGCAGCAGCAAGAGCAGUGGGAGUAA